GGUGCAACUCACACGACAGUCGCAAACCAACCUUCGGUCGGAACAGUGUAUUUGAGGGUCGUUUUCAAAAUUUGCUUCGCACCCGUUGCUUAUCAAACCCCGGCAGAACGCAAUGGAACGCUGGCAGGGAAAGGUAGCGAUAGUGACCGGUGCCAGUUCGGGCAUUGGUGCAGCAACCGUAAAAGCCCUCACCAAGGCGGGCCUGAUCACUUUCGGCCUAGCGCGCCGUGUUGAGCGUGUUGACGAGCUGAAAAAUGAUCUUCCCAGUGAGGCAAAGGAGCGGCUUCACAGCAUCCGAUGUGACAUUACGAAGGAGGAAGACAUUUUGGCCGCUUUCCGGCAGGUGGAAGAAAAGUUUGGUGGUGUUGAUGUGCUGAUCAAUAACGCUGGUCUAGCGAAGGGUGGUGUCGGUGUGCUGGAUGCUAACAAUACCCAGGUCAUAAAGGAUGUGUUCGAUACGAAUGUGGUGGGAUUGGCCCUGUGCAGCCGGGAAGCGUACCAAUCGAUGAAGAAACGAUCGGUCGAUGGACAUAUCGUGCACAUUAACAGCAUCCUCGGCCAUAUGGUGGCACCGAUGGGAACGAUCAAUGUUUAUGCGGCUUCCAAGUACGGCGUGACGGCACUCACCGAAACGAUGCGGCACGAGCUGAGACUGGCUGGGACGAAAAUCAAAGUCACGAGCAUCAGUCCAGGUUUGGUCAGAACGGAGAUGCCCACCAGCACUGCCCUUGCCGAAAGGCCCUGCCUCGAACCGGAAGAUAUAGCGGACGCAAUCCUGUACGUGCUCGGAACACCACCGAGAGUGCAGAUCCACGAGCUCACGAUAAAACCGGUUGGCGAAAGCGUGUGAGAUGGUCCCGGAACGGGACGGUAGAAUUGUAAGAUCUGUGUGCCAAAAAGGAGCAUAAGAAGGGCGCAGAUUAUGCGUGGAAAAUAUAAUCCAAAGAAAAUAAA